AUGGCCAAAUCAGCAGGUCUUAUCGUCUCUUCUCUUCUUUUCGCAACUCUGGCAGUAGCUCUUCCUCAACAACCAGUGGCAACGUCAGCGCCAGAAGCCGCAGGUUUGGAAAAGUGUCUGGAAGAUGCUAAAGUCAAAGUCAUUGCUCCGCAAGAUCCGGAUUUUGCCAACAACUCUCAAGCAUGGCAGACAAGAAUCACAACAAAGCCCGUACUAGUGGCUUUCCCUAACAACAAGGACGAGCUCAAAACUGCUCUGUCCUGUGCACUCGCAGCUAAAGUAAAGGUUUCACCUCUUGGGGGAGCUCAUUCGUUCGCGGCAUACGGGUACGGAAACGAUGGAAAUUUAGUCCUCAACAUGACAGCAUUCAAUGACAUGAAGUUUGACACGGCAACUUCACUAUUGACAUAUGGUGCUGGCAACAGAGUUGGCCCUGUAGCUAAAUUUGCCUGGGAUAAUUAUCAAGCCCACUUCCCGCAUGUUCGACAUGGACGCCCAGGUCUUUCUGGUUCUACAAUUGGAGGUGGUUUUGGAACCACUUCUCGACACCUUGGUACUCCUAUGGACAAUCUUGAAUGCGUGACCUACAUGCUCUUUAAUGGCACAGAAGUUACCGCUAAAAAGGAGGAUGAUCUUUUCUUCGCCACGCAGGGAGCAGCCUCGAGCUAUGGCGUCUUGACAAGUUUGACGACCAAGACUCAUAAACCUCAGUUUCCCAACGCCAUCACCUUCAAUUUCUCCCUAUCAGGCGUGGACUUGGACACUGGAGUAAACGCACUCCUGUCUAUCCAGGAGUUUGCUACUACUCUGGCACCGGAUGAACUCGCUUUCCGAUUCUCCCUUCCAAGAACCCCAGAAAAUUACACUGGAACCGGUUAUUUCUAUGGGGACCCAGCAACCUUCGAUUCCGUGAUCGCACCACUUCAGGCUAUGCUACCUCCUACCGCCAAAUUUGACAAACAGGAAUUGGAAUUCUGGGCUCUGGAAAACCUCGCAAACCCAGGUCUCGAUAGGCCCAAUGGAGGAAGCUCCCCUGGAAGAACCUUUUACAUUCAAGCGCUUACUACGACUGCUGACAAGCCACUUACCAAGGAAUUGGUGACUACUCUGUUCAACGGCACGACCAUCGCUUUCAACCGCAAUGAUAUGUCCGGUUCUGGUUUCCUCGAUUUGUGGGGUGGUGUUUCCAGGGAUAUCAAGGAUGGCGAUACUUCUUACAAACACGGCAACAAUCUUUGGCUGAUCAGAUUGGACGGGACUUCAAAGACUGUAGAUAUGCCUAAGGAUGGAGUCGAUUACAUGAAGAGUCUUAUGCUGCCAUUCGAGAAGGCAUUGACGGCUGCGGGCAUUCCAUUGAGAGGAUUCGCCAACUACAGAGAUACGGCUUUGAGCGAGGCUGAGUGGAGUGAGCGAUUGUAUGGUGCUGAGAACUUUGAACGAUUGAAGAAGAUUAAGGCUGUUUAUGAUCCGGUUGGCAUGUUUACUAAUAAUCAGCAGAGUAUUCCGCUUCCCGCUGCUUAG